AUGCAUUUUCUCGCGCUUUGCACGGGGUUUGUGUCGCUGCUGCUAGCACAUUAUUUUGCGUAUUAUAUUGUACAUGUGGUUCGGGUUGCACGCAAGAACAGUAGCAGUGGCAGCACGGCAAAGUUGGCUCCUCCAUGGCUGCCAUAUGCGAUUCCCGGGCUGGGCCACAGUUUGUAUUUCAUGACGGAGCCGUUUGUGCUGUUGAAAAACUUGAGAUAUCCCGUUCGCCUUCGCCUGCCUGGUAUGGAUCCCUUCCUGAUCCAGGGCGUGGACAAUGUACGCCGGCUGCUAAAAGCAGCGUCGGAUACCAACCCUGCACAUGCACAAAACUUCAUCGCCAGCCAGCUGUUCGGCAUGCCCAAGAGUGCGGCUAGGCUGUUUGAGCAAGACGAUUCCGGGUACUCGGCCACGCCCAGGCCGGGGUCGAGCAUCGCACCGCACAACCGCAUCUGCUACCGAGACCGGAAACUGUUCAUGGACAUGCUCCAAGGGCCCGAGCUGAAUGGGCUGAUUGAGCGGUUCCAGGGUGCUUUUGAUAAGCGGCUGUGUGGCCUGGCGGUGGGUGACGAGUGGGUGGAGAUGCCGGAUCUAUUCGAAUUUCUCACCACUCACGUCACGCCCGCGGCCAUUGAAGCCAUAUGCGGGCCGGCACUCAUCGACACGGUCGACCGGGAUUUUGUGCGCGACUUCUGGCGCUUUGACAGCUGGGUGCCGGCAAUCACAAAAGGCGUCCCAUCGUGGCUAUUUCCCCAAGCUUAUUCGCUGCGAGACAAGUUGCUCGACAGUCUAGUACGGUGGAGGACCCUGUCCUUGCGGCAGCCGUGUGCUAAUAACGGCGCAUCUGCAGGUGCCUCAGCAUCCAUGCAGGCGAAGAUGGACUUGCUCGAGGUAGACGGCUGGUCGAUGCAGGCAAUCGCUGCAUCUGAUCUGGGCUUGAUAUGGGCGUCCAAUUCCAAUACCAUAUCCGCCGUUUACUGGCUGAAUGUCGAGAUGUUCCGCUCUCGGGAGCGGCUGAGGCGCGUGAGGGCUGAAUGCUUGAUUGCAAGAGGCGCUGCCCACAGCCAGGCUGCCGUUGAACCUGCACCGCUCCAUGGCGACCUACCCACACUGCUUGCACAGCCGUACCUCCAGGCGUGCUUUGCGGAGAUGCUUAGGCUCCGCACCCACAUAUUCAUUACCAGGUUUGUCGACAGCCACAGUAUGGAUAUAAAUGGAUGGGCGAUCCCUGCCAGGACGGUCGCCAUGACCUGCUCGUCCGUGCCGCACAUGGACGCAGCGCUCUGGCACAAGGAUGGUGCAUCUGCAGCUCCUCUGAGCGUCUUUACACCGGAGCGUUUUCUCAAAACGCCAAAUGAUCCCUCCAGCGGUCCGGCGCGCGGGAAGCCUGAAAAUGCAUCCUCUGUCGAUCCACAAAGGCAGCAUUCAGCAGGUCCAAUGCCUUUUGAAUGCACGGCUACCGCCCCGCAGCAAUUCUCCACAAAGGGGCUGGACGGCAUAUGGAUCCCGUUUGGGGGCGGGGCGCAAAUGUGUCCUGGACGCAAAUUGGCCAAGGCGGAGACGUUGAUUGUGACGGCAGCGCUGGUGACGCUGUUUGAUAUUGAACUCUGCAACCCCGAACGUGAGAUACCGGUCAAGUGGAGUCACUUUGGUACAGGCGUCAGCAAGCCUGCAGUCCAGACACCCUUUCGCAUUCGACGGCGACGGGCGCUGGGCUGA